AUGGCCGACAGGCGGCCUUCUUCGAUUAUGAAAGAGGUGUCGGCUGCUGAACGCGUGCCACGAGGAACAGGGGACCAGCCAAGCCUAGGGAACUGUCUGUCGUUUACCAGUGGAGGGAUCAGUCGUCUUCACUGGUACAGCUGCUGUAAUAACUGUAAAAAUGGCGUAAACAGUACGUGCUUAAGCAUAUACCAGUCGGCGUCCAAAGAACAGUACUGCAAUAAAUGUGGGCGGGACACCAAGAAAGGAAACGGUAAACCGCGAUCCGAUGGUCAACAGUUUAACUGUGGUGGAUGUCAAGGUCAAGCCAACGUGGAUCGAAAAUGUAGGUCAUGGUGGAAGGAAAUUCCAGGGUUUUGCUGGGCCUAUUCCUUGUGCUUUAAGAAGCAAUGCGAAGGUAAAUACAAGAAUUGCGGUAACAGAGUGUGUGAUGAUGGAGAAACCAAAGACAACUGUCCGAUAGAUUGCUGUGACGAGCCAUGCUGCGAGGUGUCGGCUGCUGAACGCGUGCUACGAAGAACAGGGGACCAGCCAAGCCUAGGGAACUGUCUGUCGUUUACCUUUGGAGGGAUCAGUCGUCUUCACUGGUACAGCUGCUGUAAUAACUGUAAAAAUGACGUAAACAGCACGUGCCCAAGCACGUACCAGUCGGCGUCCAAAGAACAGUACUGCGAUAAAUGUGGGCGGGACACCAAGAAAGGAAACGGUAAACCGCGAUCCGAUGGUCAACCGUUUAACUGUGGAGGAUGUAAAGGUCAAGCCAACGUGGAUAAAAAAUGUAGGUCAUGGUGGAAGAAAAUUCCAGGGUUUUGCUGGGCCUAUUCCUUGUGCUUUAAGAAGCAAUGUGAAGAGGUGUCGGCUGCUGAACGCGUGCUACGAAGAACAGGGGACCAGCCAAGCCUAGGGAACUGUCUGUCGUUUACCUUUGGAGGGAUCAGUCGUCUUCACUGGUACAGCUGCUGUAAUAACUGUAAAAAUGACGUAAACAGCACGUGCCCAAGCACGUACCAGUCGGCGUCCAAAGAACAGUACUGCGAUAAAUGUGGGCGGGACACCAAGAAAGGAAACGGUAAACCGCGAUCCGAUGGUCAACCGUUUAACUGUGGAGGAUGUAAAGGUCAAGCCAACGUGGAUAAAAAAUGUAGGUCAUGGUGGAAGAAAAUUCCAGGGUUUUGCUGGGCCUAUUCCUUGUGCUUUAAGCAGCAAUGUGAAGGUAAAUACAAGAAUUGCGGUAACAGAGUGUGUGAUGUUGGAGAAACCAAAGAAAACUGUCCGAUAGAUUGCUGUGACUUGAAAAACAAUCCGUGCUGCGGUGAACCCGGAUGCUGUGCCAAAAUCUCGAAGGGAGAGAGAGUGCUUCUAUCCUACUUUUUGCAUAUUAUAGCUGUGGUGGUAUUGACCUUCAUUUUCAACUAA